GCAGUGUGAGGUAGAAGCUGGUAGAGAGAUGUCCCGGGUGUUUAAUACUCAUCUGUCGACCCGUGAGAACAGUCUGAUCUGUAACCUGCUCGGCUUCAACUGCACUGCCUCAGCUUGUUCCAUAGCGCAGUUGUGCUUGGCGACGGCUUGUGAAGGACAAAAGCCGGAAUGGAGGAUUUACAGUUGUGGAGUUGUGUGUCUGGUGCAGGAUAAAACAUUACACUCGACAUUCAUACGCCUCUUUUGUUUGAAGAAGGCUAGGCUGCUCUGGGAACAGGAGCUCUAUUCACCUUUCAUCUACUCAACACCUCGGCCAUUUUUCCACACUUUCCAAAGCGACGAAUGUUGGGCGGGGCUGAACUUUUCUGAUGAGGACGAGGCGAGUGAGUUCCAUACGGCUGUGCAGAAGUGCAUCACCAGUACUAAAGCACGUCCUGCGUUUGUACGGACACACAGCUUGGAUUCUUCCUCUGGAUGGCUGCUGAAGAACAAACUGAACACGUGCCUGACUCUCAGUCGGGUUGCGUCCCCUAAAGCUGCACCAUCAGCCAAGUCAGGGGUGACCAACACUCUGUCUCUGGCUCAGAGGAAAGGACCCCUGCCUCCCAUCCCUUCUAACAGGGACUCGGCCAAAUCAAAACCUCCUGAUCUUCAUGAUCUUGAACAGAGUGCCUCAAUUCCACUCGCACCCCCGUUUCCAGCCCCGAAUCUCAACACUCAUUUAACAGCUAUCAAGAAAAGUGCCAGUUUUUCACCAGGAAGAAAUCCUUCUCUGACCAUCGAGAUGCAACAAAGAAGCGUACAUAUUACUGAUGACACAUAAACAGAUGAAGAUGAUGCGAUGCGCUGCAGAACCUACAACAAAGUACUUUUCAAAACACUGCCAUGAUGCUGAUGUUGAAAUAUUUCCUGUAGUGUUUCUUCUGUGUUAAAAAAUCUGGAAAUCUAGAAAUUGUUAUGAAAGACUUUAAACCACAUCAUGUUUUUUCUUCUUGGGAAAUAUGGCAAAAAGUAAAAACAGCAACACGCUGUAUGUCUUUUCGACACGUUACUGAUGGAAAAACUGAUUUACACUCAGCUCAUGUGUUGUGGAUGUUAACUGUCAUGGUUUGGCAGAAUUCAGCUCGGGAACCUAUUUCCCAGAAGCCAUUGCACUGAUUUCUGUCACAUGAUGGUUUUGCGUCUGUAUCAUGAUUUAAUGAAUUAUUUCAUCCUUUGCUUUUGGUCUGUAUGUUUGUUUGCACUAUUAAUAAAUGAAGUCUGCUAUUG